UCAGGCUUCAUCUAGCCAAUCACAGCACGUGAGGGCGGGACUUGUCUGAAAACGGGUGGUGUAAAUGGAGCGCGCCGCAGCGUCAGGUGUAUCCCUGGCUACGCCUUAGCCUCUCAACACCGCGCUGUGUGAUUGGCUGAUUUUUGUCCCGGUUGGAAUAUGGAGGCUGCUGAUUGGACCGCGUGUUCGUGUUGUUGUUGUGUCAAAACUGACAUGAAUAAAUAGCGACCUUGAGAAACAGGACGGAGCAGAUUAUCCUUAUUUAUAUAGAGUUAGGGAUGAGAGAGAGAGACAGACACUAUCAGAAUGCCUCCCCCAGAGAGAGGAACCAGGAGACAUGAUAGAGCUUUUCAGAAAGCGAAGGAGAAAGAGCUGCUCGAUCUGAAGAGGCUUCUUUCAUUGGUCUCGUCCCCCUUUUCUAAACAACAGGUCGUGGCCGGGCAGUUUAGAGGCCGAAAACCUCAAAACUCACCUCAUGCAAAUGAUGACCGGAAAAGUGUGAGGAACUCGACAACAGAGGCAGCGGAGCUAGAUAAUUUUAGUGCAAAGUAUAGAGAUCAGAGGCACUUCGCUGAUCACCAUCAUCAGGCCCUCUUCCUGGACAUCUUCACUGCCCUCAUCAAAAACAGGCUAAACUGCAGUGAUUGGCUGCACCAUUCUUCACCAGAAAAUAUCCUGAGAGUUCUCAUCUGCUUGAGACUGUUAAUAAGAGAGCCUUGUUACCAGAAAGUGUUCUUUGAGCUACAUGGAUUAAAUCACCUUGCAAAGUAUAUGGAGUCAGUGGCCAGUUCAUAUCUAGGAAAUGGGGACCAAGCACUAGAACAAGAGCAACUGGUGACCAUGACCCAUAUGUGUCAGAAACUGUCCAUAACUGAAGACCAGAGGCCGUGGGUGACCGAAUGUGACGCUCAUAAGACCCUGGUAAAGCUGCUUUCAGCUCGGGACAGUAAUGUGUUAUUAGGUGCUCUGCUGGCUCUCACUACUCUCGCAGACAGCCCUUUGUGUAAAGAGAAGAUCGGGGAGCUGUCCGUCGUGGAGGAUCUUCUUAUGAUACUGCAGGAAUAUGACAGGUUAUCAAAAAGGCUGAGUGUGGAGCUCCUGCGGCUGCUCAGCCCGGUGCCCUGUGUGCGGGAGCAGGUGUGCCAGUGUGAGGGCGUCCCCGUGCUGCUGAGCAUGCUCCAUGAAGAUGACCUGAAACUGCUGUGGAGCUCAGUGUGGGUUCUGGUCCAGCUGUGCCAGGAUCCACACACCAGCGAACUGAUCCGGACCUGGGGCGGAGUCCAGCAGCUCCUCCACAUCCUGCACGGAGAGCGAGUGUAUGUAUCUGACCGCUCGUCUAUAGAGAUCCUCUCCAGUGCUAACGCUUCCGGCCGCCUGAACAGACAGCAUGUUCCUGAGUCUCUGAGCCCAGCGGAGGCCGAGGAGAACAUUAUGGCUCUCUACUCUGCUUGCUGCGCUGCAAUAACGGAGCUGGCGCUGGACGACACAGCGGCCCACCUCGUGGUACAGGAGAAUGGAGUGUACAUAAUGGGCAAACUGAUACUGCCCCAAAGCUCAGAGACACGACCAAAAGCAGCAUCACUGCAGUGUUACGCUUUCAGGGCUCUGCGCUUCCUUUUCAGCAUGGAGCGCAACAGACAUCUGUUCAAAAGGCUCUUCCCGCCGGAUCUGUUCGAGAUGUUUAUCGACAUCGGGCACUACGCCAGAGACAUCGCUGCGUACGAACCUCUGCAGGAGAAAGUCUCACAGCUAACGGCUGAAGAGUUAGAUGGAUUGAGGGAGAGAAUCGAGGCAGUAAACCAGAACCGGCCGCCUAUUAAAGUGAUAAAUAGCUACUCCAUCCUGGACCAUCUGGGCAGUGGAGCCUUUGGAAGUGUUUUCAAGGUGCGUAAACAGGGUGCGCAGAACUGUCUGGCACUGAAAGAGGUCAACCUUCACAAUCCUGCUUUCGGCAACGACAAAAAGUCCAGAGACAGAAACGUGGAAAAGAUUGUGUCUGAGCUCACCAUCAUCAAAGAACAGAUGGCACAUCCAAAUAUUGUCAAAUACUUCAAGACGUUUUUAGAAAGUGAUCGGUUAUAUAUUGUAAUGGAGCUUGUGGAAGGUGCACCACUUGCUGACCACUUCAGCUCACUAAAGGAAAAGCAGCAAACCUUCACAGAAGAAAGAGUGUGGAAUAUUUUCAUUCAGAUAUGUCUGGCUCUGAGAUAUUUACACAAGGAGAAGAGGAUCGUCCACAGAGAUCUUACUCCUAAUAACAUCAUGCUGGGAGAGAGAGAUAAAGUCACAAUCACCGACUUCGGCCUGGCAAAGCAGAAACAAGAGACCAGCAAACUGAUGUCUGUGGUCGGGACCAUUCUGUACUCCUGUCCAGAGAUAGUGAAGAGUGAGCCGUAUGGAGAGAAGGCUGAUGUUUGGGCUGCUGGCUGCAUCCUGUAUCAGAUGGUCACCCUCAAACCUCCAUUCUACAGCACCAACAUGCUCUCCCUCGCCACCAAGAUCGUAGAAGCUGCAUUUGAGCCGGUGGAGGACACUGCGUAUUCAGGACGAGUUACAGACAUGAUAAACUGGUGUUUGACGCCCAACCCAGACGCGCGUCCAGACGUGGUGGAGGUCAGUUCCAGGAUCUGUGACCUGAUGAUGAGGUUCAUGGACGGUUUGAGCAGCUCUCAGGUGUCUCUGGAGAAGAGAGCCGAGCGAGACCGGAGGAGAGCGCAGAAGUACUGCUUAGAGAGCAACCGGAUGAAACUGAUGAGCAGGUCUUCAGCCAUGCCUCAGGAAAUGGACUUUAAAGAUCCACUACUUCGAGAUGGCCACCAGUCUGACCUAUAUUUGUGUGAUUCAGCUGAUGGAGAAAGACAAGAUCAAGACCCAGAAUCCAGUGAUGCUCCGGCCACAGUUAGGUCUGUCCUGAGAUCAGACUCAGCUCAGGACAGUCUACUGCAAAAUCCAAAUGCUGCCAAGCAACCUGACAGCUGCUCAGAUGAACAAAGCCAAGCUUGUGGAGACUGUGUGAAGUCUAAAGCUCGGCCAGCAUCAGGAGGAAUCUAUGUGUCCCAAAGAAAAGUGCGGGAAAUUGAGGACCCCAACCUGAGGCUCCUCGGAUUACUCCAUAAGAUCAUAUUCAUCACUCAGCUUCCUCCAGGACCCAACAGCACCUUCCAGCGGAGAGCCAUAGAGCGCUUUAAAAAAUCCCUGUUCCAGAGUGGCACCGGCCCCUUUCACCUGAAGGUGGAGCUCAAUAAGGUCCUCCAGGGAAGCCAGGAGGUGGUGGAGUUGGUGUCAGGCAGCAGGGAAUGGUGGCCUAGGGUCCAGUCUCUCAGCAGACACCCAGCUAAGGCACAUGGGGAGUCGGGUUAUUCCUGUCUUCGUGAGGGCAUCACCUACGAGCAGAUACAGAGCAUGGUUGAGGAGGUGCUGGAGCAGAGCAGCUAUUACAGCACACCUUCAGCCAGGACUAAGUCAGAGAUAAGAACGGGAAGGAGCAGAGCUGCUAGCCCAUGACUUCAUCCGUUACGCCUGCAGAGACAUCUACAAAGUUCGAGUGAUGCAAUGACCUGCAAGACUGAAUAUGCAGAAGCACAAGAAGAUGAGGAGAACUGAGAACAAUUACAGUCAUUUCCCUGUUUUACACUCAGGGACACGAGUUUCUGUGUGACGAAAUACGGCCAGCGCUGAAUAUGUGCUGUAGAAGCACAAAUAUCCAUUAAUUAGCUGGACAUUUCUCGAAUUAACUUGUUUUUAUUAAUGUUGAUUAAUGGCUCAAUUUAAACACAUCAGUUGCUGUGAAACUCCUGUCCUUCCUGCACUGUUCACAGCUGUUGCACAAGUGUUUGUGGUGUUUGUAGCUCAGCUCCUCAGUGCUGGAUGCAUCCUCCAGGUGGACGGUGGUUUCCGGUUGAGAGUAGGCUGUGCACGAUUGGCUGCUGCUUCUCACCAGUGUGUGUGUGAAUGAGUGCUGAGUGUAAAUGCUUGUGUGUAAAAACGUGAUUGCAAAGCACACUUUGGUUUCUAGAAAGGAUGCCAAAGUAAAGAAAAUAUUCAUUAAUGAGUUGGAACUUUCUUAAAUAAUCUGAUAUUAACUUUUAAUUUUAAUUGCUUUCAUUUAUGCUGAUUGAUGGCUCAAUUUAAACACAUCAGUUGCUGUGAAACUCCUGUCCUUCCUGCACUGUUCACAGCUGUUGCAUGAGUGUUGGCAGUGUUUGUAGCUCAGCUCCUCAGUGCUGGAUGCAUCCUCCAGGUGGACGGUGGUUUCCGGUUGAGAUUAGGCUGUGCACGAUUGGCUGCUGCUUCUCACCAGUGUGUGUGUGAAUGAGUGCUGAGUGUAAAUAUCCAUUAAUAAGCUCUAACUUUCUCAAAUGAACUGAUAUUUACUUUUAAUUUUAAUCGAUUUCAUUCAUUUUGAUUGAUGGCUAAACUUAGACAUACCAGUAGCUGUGAAAAUGCACUGUUCUUGCACUGUUCACAGCUGUUGCACGAGUGUUUGCAGUGUUUAUAGCUCUAGGAAUGGGCACAGUGUCUUGCUCAUGCGUGUCAUAUGUUACCGCUGAUUUACAUUUAUCCAUAUUAACAUUUAAAAAAGAUUAAUUUACAGAUAUUAUCACUUUAUUACUAGUAUAAAUUAUUAUUUUAUAUAUGUACACUGUAUUUCAUACAUUCUGAUUAGUAAUUACACUAUUAGUGCAAUAUGCUAAUAGUUUUGAAUAUAGUUUAGACUAGUAGUAAUGUGCAUUUUAAAUAUGUGUAGUUUUUUAUUUGAAUAACAAUAUUUUAGAUAUCUAAAAUUUAACUAGUAAUAAUACAGCAUUUAUUAUAUAUUUUUAUAAUAGUAUAUCUCAAACUAUAUUCUUUACUAGUCAAAAUUACAGUGUAAAUGUAAGUAAUUACAAUUUCUGCUAGUAAAAAAUAAAAUAUAGAUUUCUUUAGAGACUUCUUUUAGUAAAAAAACAGAAAUAUAGAGAAGAGGGAGUAAAAUUUGAUGUAAACCAAUAAAAAAAAAAUGUACAUCUGAUAUCACUAGUCAACAUUUCUGAUAUCUAAUUGAGUUUUAGUACUAAAAACUGCAUUACAAAGAUCUGUAAUUUUAGUUUUAGCAGUAAAACUGUUAUAGAGAUCUGUAAUUAUAGUUUUAUUAGUACCAACUUUGUUAUAGAUAUAUGUAAUUCAAGCUUUAUUAAGAAAACUGCAUUAUAGAGAUCUGUAAUCUUAGUUUAAGUAGUAAAAACUUUGCUACAGAAAUCUGUAAUUAUGGGUUUUAGCAGUUAUAACUGUUAUAGUGUCAUGCAGCCCGACUCUCCUUCCACACCGCCGGACUCCAUUUCCCAGAAUCCUUUGGCUUAUGACGUUACUGUCAGUCGCUCUCCUUCGCCCAAUCACGUUACGCUCCGACGCUCAGACUCACCUGUGUUCUGAGGAAGUUCCGGGUUAUGCUGAUCAUGUUUAAGUAUUUAAGGCAGCACUAUGUAAACAUUCUUCGCGAGGUAUUGUCGACUUUUGUUGCAUACUAAGCGGUUCUUCUAUGUUUUUCUUGUGUGAUCUCUCGUUACGACCCUGGUUUUUGGUUUAUUGGUUUAUGUCUCUGGAUUUGCCCCUUUUGGAUUUAAUGCUUGGCUGGACUGUCUUUUGGUUUCGAACACGGACUGUAUAUACGACUACGUCUUUUGUAUCUGGUGAGAUUAUUGUUUGUUUGGCUCUAUUGUUUAUAACACCUGGUUAUCAGCCUGUAAAUAAACCAGUCUGUUCAUUUUACUCGGCUCGCGUCUCUCCCCUCUAUCUGGCGUUACAUAUAGAGAUCUGUAAUUUAAGUUUUAGUAGUAAACUGCAUUAUAGAAAGCGGUCAUUUGCGUUAUAGUAGCAAAACUGUUUUAUAAAAAUCUGUAAUUCUAGUUUUAGUAGUAAAACUGUAUUAUAAAUAUCUGUAAUUCGAGUUUUAGUAGUUAAAAACUGAUUUGGCCUGUAUAGCUGGUGUGAUUUUAGGGUUUGUUAUAGAAAUGAGGACUAUAGAAUGCGAUCUGAUGCGAUGUGAUGACUUUUCUUUGUGGGUUUUUUUAAAUCUCAGGCUAAACUAUGCACUUUAUCUGAAACACAGCACUGCAGAAAGACCUGGUGUCGGUAUAUUAUAAACAUACAAUCUGUUUAUGUGAUACUGAACAACUAUUUUGUGAAUAAAUACUCAAAUUCUAAAAACA